UCCGAGGGAGGCUGCUUUGCCCCAGCGGGCGGUGUAGGGAGGGAGCGCAAGCUGGGCAUCUGCCGAAGGAGGCGGGAUGGAGGCGGGAGGAGCAUCCCGUGUAGUCAACUCCGUUACAGGGCGAGGAGGAGGAGGAUGAGCCCGGCGGCACGUCCGCACCGUCAUCUUCAGAAGAGGAGGAGGAGGAGGCUUCCAACUUUUCAAAGUCAAGACCAAGAAGUUAACCAAGUUGCAAAAGAGAGGCAAACAGAGCUAGGUUGAUACACAGUGAGGAAAGAUGGGAAAUUUCAAAGGUCACGCACUUCCUGGCAGUUUUUUCCUUCUCUUUGGUUUGUGGUGGUCUGUGAAGUAUCCAUUAAAGUACCUUUCUCGAAGAAAAAAGAACACUUCUUUCAUUGGCUCCAAAGCAGGAUUUCAACGCUUAGAAUUUACUGAGGGCAUCAUCAAAGCUGCCUUUGCUCUCAUCGGUAUGGUAGCAGAGCAGUUUGUUCCUGAUGGACCUCAUUUGAAACUGUAUAAUUAUGAAAGGAAACAGUGGGAUCACCUCAUGAACUGGCAGCAUGCAACCAUGUAUCUUUUCUAUGGCAUCUCAGGACUGAUAGACAUUGUGGCUCAUGGUACUAAUGCUCUGCCAGUAGCCAUGGACAGAAUGAUGCUUUCACUAGCUGUAUUUGUAGAAGGUUUUCUUUUUUAUUAUCACAUCCAUGGGCGUGCUAUGCUAGAUCUCCAUGUCCAUCAGUUGCUUUUAGUGGCCAUUUUUGGAGCAGCCAUCUGUGUCUUCCUGGAAAUUUUCUUCCGUGGCAUCAUUGUCCUUGAGCUGUUCCGGACAAGUCUCUGCAUACUGCAAGGGAGCUGGUUUUGGCAGAUUGGAUUUGUACUUUAUCCUCCAAGUGGGAGUCCAGAAUGGAACCAAAUGGAUCAUAAUAAUAUAAUGUUCCUCACCAUGUGCUAUUGCUGGCAUUAUGCAUUUGCACUUCUUAUAAUGGCAGUGAAUUAUUCUAUAGUCAGCUGGAUAGUCCGUUCCAAAAUGAAACAAGCCCCAACCAUGGAAAUUGGAUUACUGAAAACAUCCGAGCGGGACCAGGAGUCAGAAGAUGAGAUCUAGUUUAGUAUAAACAUUUCCUAAUGCUUUACUCUGUUUCUUCCACCUCUGACCCGUAAUGGUUUUGUUUACCAUAUCAUGUAGGCUUGUACAAUCUGUGCAUCUAGACGUUAAAUUAUGAACCUUCCCUUAGUGCGUUGUCUAUCCUCCGCUUGAAGCAGAAAGAGAACAUUUUACUAUUGAACAGGCUGGCGGUGACAUUGGCAAGUGAAAAUCAAUCCAGGACAUUAAUAGAUGACGGGUUUACCCUUUCAUUGCACUUGGGUAAACUGGGAAAUUUCCACACAUGACAUUAAACAAACAAAGAAAGAAAACCCUGCUGUUACAGAAACUGGGUUGUACACAUUCUAGGAUGAACAAAUUGUACAUCUCUAUUUUUAAGUAUGAAAAAAAUCAAACACCAAACAUGGGUGUGCUGCAAAUGUAUAGCAGUUUGCAUUUAAAAUUGUAUUAUUUUUCUUAUUUUUAAUCAUAACUAUUAUUUAUUGCUAAGUAUGUUCUGACUACACCAAAGGAUAUGAGAAGCCAGUGUCAAAGCAUUUAGCAUUAGUAUUCUGCAAAUAAUGGCGUCACAGAAUGGCUGGGUAACUAUAGAUCACAUUGAAUUUUAUACAGACUUUCAGCUGAGUCAGUUUGUCUUGUUGCAUUUUUAGAUAUGUGCCAGUAUUUAAUUGCACUACUGUUUUAUUUCAAGAUAAUUGUGUGGUGCUCAGAAAACCUGUUUUAUAGGUAUCUUAUAAACACAGGCAUUUAUUAUUUUUAAAGAAAAAGGUUUUACUUUUAAGAAUGCUGUAUAUUCUAGAUGGCUUCUACUCUGACUCCAUUCAGUACGCAAUUGAUUUGAGUUAGGGUACUUGGCCAUGAAACUUGUCCAAGCCUUGGAUAAGUUAUUAAGUCUCAGCUUAACAUAACUCACAUAAUAGUUGUGUGAAUAAAAUUGUUAUUGCCCUGAAUUUUUUGACAUACAGAUGAGAUAAAAAUGUAUGGUGCAUCUUCUGCUUUUUUAAAAAAGUAUCGAAUUAAUAGAAUUGCUAUUGAAUCCAGGAACAGAAUAUACAACAUAUAUGUCAGUCAAGUGAAGGCGAAAGCAUCAGAAAUGUUCAUUGAAUCUAUGAAGAUCAUGGUUGAGACACAUUUGAGUGCUUACUAUUUAUGAAAAUAGAUACAAGUUUCACAUUUAAAGGGGGGAAAGGGGGAAGUGUAUCAUAGAAUCAUAGAGUUGGAAGAGACCUUGUGGGCCAUCCAUUCCAACCCCCUGCCAAGAAGCAGGAAAAUCACAUUCAAAGCACGCCCAACAGAUGGCCAUUCAGUCUCUGUUUAAAAGCCUCCAAAGAAGGAGCCUUUUAAACAGAGGCAGGGUGGCCAUCUGUCGGGAGUGCUUUGAAUAUGAUUUUUCCUAUCACUGAAAAAGAAGAGGACACAGAAAUAAAAUCCCAUAAAUCAAUUCAUAUAGAGAUGGAAAAUUGGCUAGUAUUCUACAUCAAUUGCUUAGGCCCCUUUCCACCCAAUAAAUUUUUAGGCAACCCCAGGUACAUAGGUAUAUGAAAUAGGCAAAAAUUAAAACAUUUAAACAUUUAAAUCAGCAUUUGCAAGUCUUGCUAAACAGGCUGAUUUUCCUUUUUAUGAAGUACAGCUGAAGCAUUUUCUGCAGAGUCCUCUGUAAGCACUGCAUGCUGUAGCUAAUAGAUUCAUGGCAUUUAGAAAUCGUUUAGUGUUGCCAUUUUUUUUUUUGCAACCACUGUUUUCUCUUACGGGACCCCAUUUAGGAUCAGGAUCAUAGUUUAAGAAGUAGUGGGUUAGAGUACAAGUAGUGGUAUUUCCUUUAUAGUUAAGGCCAGGAGAGGUUACUAAGUUAAGUACAGCCAGUCAUCCACAUUUGCUGGGGUAAUGGGCACAGAACACCUGCAAAAAUGAAAAAAAAAAUCUGAAUAAAGAAAUUGCUUUUUUUAUAUACCUGAGAUACCAUCUUUCUAGGAAUGUGUAGAUCUUUCUAAGAAUGUGUAGAUCUAGAGAGAAUAUUUUAAUCAAACCUGUGACUAAUCAAAUCCGCAAAAGACAAAACCGCAAAUAUGGAAGGUCAACUGUAAACUUAAGUAUAUUUAAAUCAGUGGCUGAUGCAGAACUAUGGAUCUAUGGAUGCCUGCCAUAGAUGUAGGCAAAACAUCAGGAGAGAAUGCUUCUGGAACAUGGCCAUACAGCCCAGAAAACUCACAGCAACCCAGUGAUUUCAGCCAUGAAAGCCUUCAGCAACACAUCAACCUUACACUUAACUUAAGUGAACUUAAAUAAAAAGCUGAUGCAGAACACUGGCCAUUAUUUCUAAAUUUCCAAUUUAAGUAGAAGCACAGACUUGUUCUGGGUACCUUUGAGCUUUGUUGCCUAGGUGCUGACUGCUAACAGGCAACUUCAAGAACUCUAUUGUCCAUUCUUCUGGAUCUUUAACAUGUCCAUUUAAACAGAACACCUUUCAAAGAAUGUCCUUCAAGUGGAAUAAUGUCCUUUAUUACUUAAGAUGCAUGCCAACUGAUCUGAAGGGCAGAAGGUUUUUAUACUUGAGGUAUCUGACUAUCUGUGAUGUUUGAAUUUGGUAUUAGAAUCAUGUGUCUGCUUAUUGGGCAAGCACCAUUUGGAAGUGUCUAUAUUUGUUGUUAUGAAGCUAUACUCAGGAAAGACCAUAAAUAUAUUAUGUGCCUUUAGCUUUAAUAUCACUAAGUGUAUUCUCAGGUAAGACUAUCUAGUUUUUGACAUGAGAUGGCAAGGUUGUUCACAAAUUUCACAUUAUGUAUGUGAGCUUUGUUCAGGGAUUUUAGCUUUGGAAAACCUCCUCUGCCAUUAGAUGCAUGCUGAAUAUCAAAAGGUCAUAUCCAUUGCUAUUUGAUGCACACUUUCCAUGCAGUCAGACUUAUCAUAACCAAAAGAAGAAGCCCUUCAUCAACAAAUCAGAGAUGCGCUGGACUGUGCAACCAUUUUAAAACGUUGAAUCAUUGUUUGCUUUCAAAGAUACUCAUUGUAUUAUUGUAUGUGGAAAUAAAGUAAUUCUAGUUUUCUUUCAAA